CCGCCCCUUAUCGCCCCUCCCCUUCUCGCCCCGCCCCGCCAGUCACGUGCAAUGGCGGUGUCGGAAGUGCAGCUGGUGCUGUCGGCGGGGCUCAUUGAAAAGGACCGCAGCGGAGAUGUUCUCUGGGUGUGGUGUUUCCCGUCUGUGAGCAGCGAACUCCGAACAUUGCUUCUUAGGAAAUGUCCACUCUCGGCAGACGGGAAGAUACGCGACCCUUUUAUAUUUGGCCAACACCGCCGCGUUUGGUACUACAUCACCUCUGGAGAUGUCACAAUCCCAGACGUUCUGCCCAAGGUUCGACAGUACAGCCUUGUGCUCACCUCCAAAGACUUUAACCCAGAAAAGUACGCUGCUUUGAGUCGUAUUCUCAGCAGGUUAUAUUGCAAAUAUGGUAGCCCUGCCAGCAUGAUGGAAGCAUACCUCUCUGUGAUUACCAAAGGAUUGUGUCAAACGGAGGAGAAUGGAUCUUUCCUGGUUCAGGAUUACCAGGCCAAAAAGACGUAUUUAGCAGGAUCAAUUAAGGAGGUGGUGCGGCAGUUUGGGUUGGAAACAAUCAUUAUCUACACCGCACUGAUGCUUCGGAAGCGUGUGGCUGUUUACCACCCUCAGCUUCAAGUGCUGCAGGAAUUUACCAGAACACUGCCAACUUUGGUUUGGCACAGACAAGACUGGUCCAUUCUCUACCCAUGUGUUCACUUGCAGGAAGAUGAGCUACAAGCUCUUAAAAUGUGUCCAGGGUAUGUGGCAGGGUUUCUGGAGGUGGAGAUUGAGAACCGGACAGAACUAUUUGAUGUUUUCAUCAAUCUUCCAGAGACUGAGAUAUUGGUGGAACAACAUGCCAGAGAAUCCAUGGCAAUGGGAAAGCUGCACAAAGACAUUGGGCUGCUUAUCGUGCAGUCUGCAGAAGACCCAGAAAAAUCUGAUGCACAAGUAGUGAAGGAAAUUGCACAAAAAACAAAGGAACUUCUGGCUCAUCUGACAUCACUAGCUGCCCCAACUGAUGAAGGUGGAAAGCCAAGGAUAACCAUGGAGGCACUGCGGGAACGCCGAUUUCCACCAGCAACAGAAAACUUCCUAUUUCAUUUGGCUGCUUCAGAACAGAUGCUGAAAUUGUGAAAAUGUCAGCUACAGUGAGAUGUUUCUGUGUUGCAAUCAGUUGCUCAUUGUUACAAUGGAAAGUGGAAAAACUUGAUUUGAAUGGUGCACUUAAUAUACUUCUCAAUAUUUUAACCUUGCAAUAUAUAACAUGAACCCAACAGUAAUUUACAAGAUAACAUUUGUUUACUUUCGUGACAUUUCCAACUUUGGGUACAUAGAGUAAAUCAGUGGCAUAGCAUGGUUGGCAUGGGCCAUGGUACAAGGAAUUAAAUUGAGCCCCUUGUCCAAUUUUCCUCUCAUUGUAGCCCAGCGCCUGGGUCCCUCUGGCCCAUUGGCCCUCGUGCAGUUGUAGCGAACAGUUUUGUGGUUGUCUUCACAUCUGGCAAGUUAACAGUUUUAUGCUGGGGAAAAAAACAGUUGUACUAUAAAAGAUAGCUUUAUUAACACAUUAAUUUGUUAUAAUGUGGGUGAAGGUUAGCAUUCACCAAAUUAAUAUUUGAAGACUCUGUAAUGUACCGUAAAAUUUUCUUCGCAAAAAAAAAAAAACUUGUAUGUUUGAAGUUACUUAUUCUUUGGUUGUUUCGGUAAAGUCACGUAGAUAGAGAAAUUAUAAAAAAUAAAGUGAAUACAAAUUAAAUGAAAACAAAAACCAUGACGUUUCGAUUGCAACACAAGCGGUCGUCAUCACGACCGGGCGUCAUCACGACUGCUUGUGUUGCGAUGGAAACGUCGUGGUUUUUAUUUUAUUUUUUAUUAUUUUCAUUCAAUUUAUUAUUUUUUUCGAUCUACGUGACUUUACCGAAAGAACCAAAGAAUAUGAAUUCCUGCAGUCUCGAAAGUUUAAAGUCAAAAUUUGAAGUCACUAUAUCCAAUUAUGUACUGUACUUGUAAAUCAUUGUUUUCACAAAGUGUUCUUUUUCAAAUUCAACAUUGCUUUUAUGAAAAAAUGUGAAACUUAUUUGUAAAAUUAAAAUAAUUUGGUCAUAUUUUU